AUGUGGACCAAAGAGGAAGUUAGGGCGGCGCCGAAGGGUCGUUUUGAAGAGGCUGCUCUACCAGAGUUGGUCGUGCGGCUUUUGUCGGAAAUGAUCAGAGAAAACAGGGUCGCCCAUAUUGAGGCCCCUGCCUCUGCGGCGGCGGUCCUCGAUAAAAUGGACCACCUGCGGCUUGGCUGGGUCAACUGCAGAAUUCGACCAAGAACUGAGGCCGAGCGUUGCUACAGGUGCCUUGGAUUCGGCCACAUCACUCACCAGUGUGGCGGGCUUGACAGAACCAGGGCAUGCUUUAGAUGUGGCAAAAACGGUCACGUGGCACGGAGCUGCUUGCAAAAAAAAGCAAGCUGCUACUUGUGCGAGAACGUGAGCCCGAGUCCAGAUACCAGCCACAUCACUAGGUCUGCCAAGUGUGGAGCCCUACGGGUAGCUGUAAGAAUAGCUCCGAAGAAACGGCGCUGA